AUCAAUUACUGCUCUAAAUACAAAUAUAUAGUCUGAGAUAGCCUGUAUUUCAUGUGGUUUGUGAGGUCAGUUACAGAGAUCACAAUAUGUCGUGCUACGUGGUGCUGAUGUUGUGCUCGUUUGUUGUAACAGUAUCUGCCCAGCCCCCACCAGUAAAUGCAAAUGGUUGUCCUUCGGGCUUUAUACCACACGGAGCCAACUGUUACUUUGUCUCUAAAACAGAAACCAACUGGGCCGGGGCAAUGGGUUAUUGCCAGUCUGUUGGCGCCACACUGGCGUCCGUGCAGAAUCUGGACGUACAGACGUUUUUGACAGCACAGAUUAAAAGUCAUCUUGUUGUUUCCACCAUAUACCUAAACACAAGCAACAACUACAAGUAUCAUUAUCUGGUUGAUUCUGGAAUCGAUGUCUCGGGACACUCAUCCUUCACCUUUGAUGUCAUGGCCUGCAAUGAUGCUCACAUUGCACUAUCACGUGACAAGAAUGAUAACGCAUUCACGUAUGAGAUUGUCAUUGGUGGAUGGGCAGAUUCACAAUCAGUGAUUCGAGACUGCAAGCAAUGUGCACACAUGGAUACUGCUGCUCACCAAGACCAUCCCGUCAGCUGCACAGCAUUCCGCUCUUUUUGGAUCAGUUGGACAAAUAAUAUCAUAAAGGUCGGAACAGGUCAUGAUAUUGGUAAAAAUAGGUUUCUUAUCUGGAACGAUACAUCUCCUCAUGAUGUCAACUAUGUUGCUGUCUCAACAGGGUUUGGUUCUUCAGGGCAAUGGAAGUUUGUAAGAGGUACAUACAUGCCUGGACAAUUCUGGCUGGCGGGUUCAGAUUUAGCUUUGGAACAACAGUGGAUGUGGCUACCAGAUGAGGUUAUGUUCGAUUACACGAACUGGGCCCCGGGCGAGCCGGAUAAUCUCUACAACCGACAACACUGCGCCCUGAUGGACAGUAGCCGCUCCUAUCAGUGGACAGAUGACGACUGUGAAGAAAGUCGGAACUUCAUUUGUCAAAUUGAGAAAAAUAGCAAAUAAAUAUACCGACGUUUUAAACAUGAA